AUGGAAGGUACACUUAGUUUCUAUCUAGACAUCUUUAAAUCGCCCUCUAAUAAAUUCUUCAUAAUUAAAUACAAGACCAGAGGACAAGCCGAUCUAAGUCUAAAUAAUUAAGUGAUUUUCCUCCAAAAGAGAUUUGAUUAGCAAUUAAGGAAUGCAGCCUAAGUAUGCGAGUAAGUAGGAGUCUUUUUGAGUUGUCUGGAUCAACAAUCAUUUAUUGCUUUUGGUACAAUUUAGAAUGAACCAACUGAUUUUGAAUAUCUCACCGAGGAAUAGUAGCAGAAUUUGAGUAAAUUGCAGGAGUUUUUCUAAUCAUUUGUGAAGGUAGAGUGGAUAUUUAAAGGUGUGCUUAAUUUUGAGAAAACUAAAAAUAUUAAAAAUGAUUUGAAUGAAAUGAAACCAGUCAAUCAUUGUAAGGAUGUCUAGGAAUUGACUUGUCAGACUGCAGAAUAAUUAUUAUCAUUGCUUUAAAAAUAAGAACCUUAUAAGCCUUAGCCUUAAUGGGGUGUUGUAAUACCACAAAAAAUUAAUGAUAUAAUCAACUAAAAUCUUAGAACUCAUGAUAAUGAUAAAUAAAAAAGUAGUAAGAGUAGAAGUAGACACAAGGAUAAGGAAAAAGACAAAGAAAAAGAUAGAAGAAAAUCAAGCAAGGAUAGAGCAAAAGACAAGUAUGAUCGUAAGAGUAGAGAGAGAAGGAGUAAAGACAGAAGAAGUAAAGAAAGAAGUUAAAGAAGAAGUAAAGAGAAAAAAAAAAAAAGCAAUGAAAAAAAAGAUAACAGAGAAGAUAUAAAAAGCCAAAAUAUAUCAGAGUUUGUUGUUUAUGAUAAUAAGGAUUAAAGAGAAAAAGAAAGACAGACAAGAGAAAAAGAAUACUUGAAAGAAAAAGAUUAAAGAGAACAAAGAGAAAGAGACAGAGCAAAAGAAUAAAUAGAAUAGAGAGAGAGAGACAGAGAAAAAGAGUAACGAUAACAAAAAGAACAAGAAAAAAGAGAAAAGGAAGAAAAAGAAAUGAUAGAAAAAUAAAAGUAAAAAGAGAAAGAAAGAGAAAGAGAAAAGGAGAGAGAAAGAGAAAGAGAAAGAGAGAGGGAAAAAGAAAAAGAAAAAGAAAGGGAAAAAGAAAAAGAAAAAGAGAGAGAAAAAGAAAGAGAAAGAGAAAGAGAGAAAGAAAGAGAAAAAGAGAAGGAAAUUAACAAAGAUAGAGAAAAAGAUAGAGAUCGAUAAAGGGAUAAAGAAAAAGAUUAUAAUAGAGAUAGAGAGAAAUUUGAUAAAAGCAAAUAUGAUAAAAAAGAUGAUCAUAGAUAAAAAGAAAGAAAUGAGUCUAAACAUGAUUAUGAUAAAAAAUAAAAGGAUAAAGAGAGAGAUAAAAAUAGAGAGAAGUCUAAAGAGAAGUCUUUUGAGAGAUCGGAUAGAAAAGAUAGAGAGAGAAGGAAAGAGAAAGAAAGAUCAAGAGGUGGGGACAAAGAGAGAGAUAGAGAUUAAAAUAAUAAGAAACAUAAGGAUUAUAGAAGGGAAACAACCAAAAAGAGAAGUGAGGAGAGAUCAAAGCCUCGAUCUAGAAGUGAAGACAGACGCUAAGGUCAUAACUCAAAUAAAAAUAAGAAGAUCGUUGAAUUGGCUUCAUAAAGCGAACAACCAAGAGAAUUCUAUUCAUCUGUGUCAUUAUCAUCCCAUAAAUAAGAGUAAGAGCAACAAGAUCAUGAAUUGGAAUAAAAUUCUGUGAGACCUGAAUAGAAGGACCAAGUAGAUCUUGGAGUUAUUUUGAAUGUUUUGGAUUCCCCAAACCAAAAUGCACAAUAAUUUCAACCACUAAUUUAACCAGUUAUAAUUACACCGGCUGAAUAAAUAGUGUUAACAAAGCAAAGUGAAUCCCAACAAUCAAACAUUCUAAAUAGUGAUUCCAAAAAAAGGAUAUUAUUAGUGAAUUAGGAGAAAAGUUAAAGUGUGCCAGAUAAUGUUGAAUAGCAAAAACCAUUAAAUCCAGGUUCAAUGAAGAUCAUAAAAGAUGCGCCGUCAAAAAGUAUAUAAUAAAUAGCAAAUCAACAAUGUUAAGCAAAAAAGUCAGUGGUAAUUUAAGACUCGAAACAAGGCAGCGGAAGUUAAAUUAGAGAUAGAAUAAUACUUAAAAAGAAAUGA